AUGUCAUCAUUUUUAAAAGAUUUACCGUGUCGCAAUCCAGAUAGUUUUACUAGACUUCAUACUAAUGGUGCUAUUCGUCAAACAUCUGUUCGACCAACAUAUACAGCACAACUUGAUUCAAAUGCAAAAGAAAUAAUUAAUGAUCCAGUUCCAAUGCUCAUUCAUCGUUUAUCUCGUUUACCAAAAGAUGAAUCACGAAAACGACCAAUACCUGAAGAUGAAAGUCAAGUUCCAUCAUUUACAAUUGAUCAAACAAAACGAACUAAAUCAACAUCAACAGAUUCUAAUCAACAACAAUCAAAUCUAAUUGAUUAUAAUGAAGAAAUAUCAUAA